AUGGCAACUAGUCGACCACUUAUCGAGCUGCCUCCUGGCAAGGAGGUGGUGAGCGUGAAAAUGAUCGUCCCCGUCAAUUUCGGCCCAGCUGUCAUCAAACGGUUCAUGGAGCCUCCCGUGCCUGGUGUGGAAACAAAGAAACCUGGGCCUGUUUUGACGUUCCUUUUGGAGCACCCCUCCGGUCAAAGGUUGGUGUUUGAUCUUGGAAUCCGCAAGGAUUAUCAAAACUAUGCUCCCGUUGUUGCGAACUAUCUACCAACAACGAACUACGACAUACAAGUAUCAAAAAACGUGGUCGAUAUCCUGGUAGACAACGGUAUCCCUGGAGAGAGCAUCAAUGCAGUUAUCUGGAGCCAUUGGCAUUGGGACCACAUAGGUGACCCGUCAAGCUUCCCUAGCAGCACUGAUUUGAUUGUGGGCUCCGGGUUCAAGGAUGCCAUGUUACCUGGUUAUCCUGCUAAUCCCAAAUCCCCUAUCCGGGAGAGUGAUUAUAUUGGUCGAUCCCUGCGCGAGAUCCGAUUUGAUGGUCCUGAUGCCCUACGUAUUGGGAAAUUCCCUGCCGUUGAUUACUUCGGGGAUGGGUCAUUCUACCUCUUAGACAGCCCAGGACAUGCAAUUGGGCAUCUUUGCGGUCUGGCGCGAACGACUACAGACCCGCCUACCUUCGUCAUGAUGGGAGGAGACAUUUGUCAUUAUGCGGGGAUCUUUCGACCGUCAAAAUAUCUUCCUGUGCCCCCGGAAAUCUCUCCACAUCCGUAUAAUACACAAAGCGAUGUACCCUUCUGCCCCGGAAGUGUCUUCGAUGAUUUGCAACAUACCAGAGGAAGGAAACCAACAGAUACGAUGUACGAAAUGUGCUUCGGUCAUGACAUCCCCCUUGCACAAAGGACACGUGACCAAUUACAAGAAUUGGACUGCGACGAGAACAUAUUUGUUAUCAUUGCACAUGAUGCAAGUGUUAGAGAUGGGGUGGAUCACUUCCCAUUGAGUCUUAACGCUUGGAAGGAGAAGGGAUGGGCCCAGAAUCUCAAGUGGACUUGGUUCCGAGAUCUGGAACCAUUUUGGAAGUCGAAAGGCUUGUAA